GAGAACCUAGCUUUUGGAAAGCGGACAGAACAAAGAAGAACCUGCUGUGGUGGCUGGUCUUGGAAUGCAGUGGAUGGAAAUCUUGGUACAGAUUUUAGUGUUAACCGUCAGUGUGCACAUACACAGGAAGAUAACCCCAGUUGGUGGUGGGUGGACCUAGGUUCAGACAAGGUGCCAGUCUCUGAGGUGCUCCUAGUCAACAGGUUCUCACCCCGUGAAGACAUAAGACAAAGAAAUGAGGACUUUGUACUAACAUUAGGUCAGUAAUUUUUGUUUUCGUUGUUUUGUUUUGUACUGUACUACUUAUUACAACUACUUAUUUUUUUUUCUCUACUUUUGCCUUAUUUUAUUUAUUUUUUCUGCUGUAUUCCUCUUCGUUAUGGAAAAAAAUGCGGCCAAACAAGCAGUAAUAAGAGGUGCAUAAUUGUCAGAAUUACUGUAUAGUAACACAGAAUAUGGAUUUCUGAUUCGCUGUAUUCUUUAUGGCUGGGAUAUGUUGCUAUUUCUGAAUGGAUUUAACCCCUUGGCUAAUCCUGUAUGACCAGCUGGUACAGACGAAAUUUGGAAGCAAUACUUGUAUUAUAGUCAUGUUCCACCGAUAUGAUGAAUGUAUUGCCAGCAAUAGACAUUCCCAACCUUGUUUGCAGGCAGUUGCUCGGCAGCCUACAGCGUAGCUGUUUUAGCAGGAGAAGUCAAGAAAAUGGAGUAAUAGUUCAUAGCUAUCGGAAGGCAAUAUGGCCAAUUUAAUUGCUUGAGUAUGCAGAAAAAUAUAAUUUGAUGGUUGGCAUUUACUUUUUGAGGAACAUCUGCUUAGAAAAAAUCCCUACCUUUAUGUUCAAUUUUUAUUCUGUAACAAGAAACAGGGGAAUAUUAUGAAGAAAGUCUAUGAUGAAGUUAGGCUAUAUAUACCAGUCACAUCAUUAUAUUCUCAGCCUCAUACAAUAAUGAUAAUAAUUCCUCGAGCGAAGAGAGUUUAUAAUCUCGCCGCGCGCUAAACUGGAAGCCCCAUGUUUUAUCUAUCUUUCUUACUACUGAAUAUAUGGUUGGUGCCCGCCAACGACGUCAUGUAGCGUUAUGUCAUGGAGCAUUUUGCGUUUCCAGGCAACAAAGACUUUGCCGCCGAUAGCCAGGGCGCAUUUUCAUGUUUAUUCAUGAAAAGCUGAUGUGUUUAUUCAUCGUCUGUGAAACAGUGUUUACGAUCGGUGAAUCUCGAGCAAUUUCCUAUACAAAUGACACAUAACAGCAGCACAACAAGUGGCUGCAAUUCCUCGCCGAGUAAGAUUUUCCACCGAAAUUCCUCUUGAGCGAGAACGCCGACUUGAAAUUCAGCGUGAACAACGAAGGAGAAGACGUCAACAAGAAAUCGCGGAGCAGAGAGAACAUCGCUUAGCACAGCGAAAGCAACGCCGACAGCAAGAGACAGAGGAACAGAGGAACAGGAGACUGGAAUAUCCGAGGCAUAGUGGCUGGAAAUCCUUGCCGCUUUUUUUUUCUUAAAUGAACCUUCGAAUUCAUAUUAAAUACAGCUCCACAAGGUUAAAACAGUGUGAAUGGCGGAGAAAAACACUUCAACACUAUUAAUUUUAAGUUUCAAACUGCGUAGGGGACGCAUGGCCCAGUGGUAUGAGGCGUAAAAACAGGAACCACCCAUGGGGGUGUAACACGUAGGAUGUGUGGAAGAGCUGCAGAGACCCUUCCACAUGUAUUAUACGCUCUUCUCACUUAUGGUAAUAUGCCCGUCUAACUUCGUUUACGGGUAAAAAUUCUUUUGAAAUUCAAAUACGAAAACGUCGUCUGAUUAGCAUUUCAAAGGACUUUUUACUCAAAAACGAGGUUAGACGGGCAUAUUACCAUACGUGAGAAGAGCGUAUUGGGGUGUUCCGCCCUAGCUCAAUCAGAGUACUUGAACCGACACAAUGCCGCGUUGAAGAUGCUUUUAUUCGAAAAAAUAGAAGUGGAUAGAAGUGUUUCAGUUCUAAUUGAUUGGAGGGUCCGGGUUCGAAUCCCCUGGAAGCAAAUCGUAACCUUAUUUUUUUUUUUUUACCUGAGUAUUGCAUAUAGCUAGUAACAUAAUUUGGUAAAUUGAAAACAAAGUUUGCAGGAAUAUAAAAAAUGCCGUGUGUAUCAUCCCCAGUACCGGUAUUUUUAGCAAUACUAGGAGCCCAUACUGGGAGCCCAUACCUCGCUAGCAUAGCCAAUACAUGAUCUUACAAACGUAAGAUAUAGGAAUUUCCUAUGAUCUGUAGUGAAUAACUGUGGCGCAAAAAUGCGAGCUUCCUAUUGGCUUUAGCCAAGAUAGUGUCAAUGUGAGUGUCCCAUGUGAGGUCCGGCGAGAUAGUCACUCCGAAGUCUUUUACUUGAGUGACGUGCUUAAGUGAGUUGUUGUUUAACUCGUAAUCGUAGCGAAAAUAGGUGGCGCUUACGUGUGACGGUUUGUACGACUUAGAUUUAGAGGUGUUAGACUUUAGGUGCCAAUUAUCGGUCCAGCCAUGCAAGACUGUCCAGGUCCUUUUGGAGUGACUCUUAAUCUUGUAGACUUUCAAUGACACCGGAACAUUUUGAGUCAUCAGCGAAGAGUGCGAUACGAUUCUGUAUUACCGGUAGAAGGACGGAGGAUACUGCCCUGAGGGACUUCUGAUGGAACUGGAGAACGACUUGAGUGAAACCGUGGACCAAGCACUGCUAAGCGAGUCCACCUAGACAGCUCUCGAACCACUGCAGAAGUUUCCUGCUAACUCUGUACUGGGAGAAUUUUAGAAGCAGCCUUUGGUAGGAGACACUGUGGAGGGCCUUUGCGAGAUACAAAUACACAAUGUGCGACUGCAGGCCCUUAUGUAGAGACCUGCUAAUCGCGUGAUAAAACGCCAGCAGCUGAGUGACAGUUGAUCGACCCUGAAGGAAACCAUGCCUUGCAUUGGCAAACAAAGGACAGAGAGAUUCCUCGAAGUGCUUGAAUAUGCAUCGUUCUAAUACUUUGGAUACAACGCACAAUAGAGAGAUGGGUCUGUAGUUAGUUACGUCCUCCUUUUUGCCUUUCUUAUGAACAAGGACGACAAGGGAGUCUUUCCAUUCGGUGGGUAGUUUACCCUCCGCAAGAGAUAAAUUAAAGAGGGCGCAAAGGGAAGGUGUCAGUUCCCUUGCACGAUUGUCGGAAGACCGCCAGGGCUGGAGCUUUGCUCGGGUUUAAAUUCAAGAGCACCUUAUAGACCUCAUCUUCACACAGUACCAAGCUGUCAAGGACGGACAUCCUCUCGUCGAGUGACGUAAACGCAUCAAGGGGUAUCUCGGGCGCAUGCUAGACGUAGAAGAGAAAUACUUGUUGAAGGCUUCUGCCAUCUCCACUCCAGAGGAGAUCUGUGGCCCUCCGUACGUAACAUUAGCUGGUAUAGAAUUUGAUUUGGUUUUAUGGCGGAAGUCAUAAAGUCACCAAGAGAAGUGUGAUACUCCUCUAACUUCCUGUUUAUCAAUGCCUUAGAUUCUUUUCUUAAGAUCUUGAACUUUUCAAGGUAAAAAGCGCUGUUGUGCUUCUUGGCGGCACGUCUAGCGGAUUAAUUAAACUUCCAGUAAAAGGGCAAUGUAAUGGGUAUUUUGACCUAAGAGGGGAAACCCUCCCUCAUUUGUGCAAUACUAGUCAAGGCCUGCGCUCCUUUUCUUACGCGGCAUUUUGCGGGAAAAACAGAAUGAGUGGUGGCCUUGCGAAAGGUCGGCUGUUUUGUCAGGCCUCAAAACAAUUCUCACGUUUCUCUUGUCCGUAUUAUCGUAUACGUAGCUGAAGUGACUUUAGGACUUUCGUUAUGUUUUAUUAUAUCAGGUAACAGCGCUGAUGUAGUAAACAAUUCUGCUUGCAUUGGAGAGUACACUUUUAUCCAGUUUAUAGCUUCCGCGGUGUGUCACAGAAAUCCACUGACGUCUGGCCGAUAUCUUGGAAUUAAACCUACGAAAAGAGGGUUUCUUCAGCUUUGCGAGGGGGAAGUGUACUCGCGAGGUAACGUCUGAUUCUUUAAAUUUGAAUUGCUCUUAGCCAACUUCCACUUGGUUUUAGGUUCAAUGGACCUUUCCGCAUUUUUUCAACAUUUGGCAUGGACUAGUUAGGGACACCACUGGAAUGAGCGUCUUAAAAUUAGUAAACUCGCCAAGUUUGAGGGUGAUACGUCUUUAACUAGCAGCGAAAAUACAGCUCCGCAAAAUUGCGAAAAAUUUGCAGACGGACGAGUUUGUUCUUAACACUAUACAAAGGUCUGUAAUGCUGCAGCAAAUCACUCUCAAACUUGGCAGUUUUAAUAAUUUAAAGGCGUUCUUUCCUUAACUUGUCCAUGUCAAAAGUUGGAAAAAAACGUGGAAAGGGUCUAUUUGAGCAGAAAACUUAGAAAAAACCCUUGUUUCAUGUAAGAAUCAAACUCAAGACCCUCUGAUUUCUAGUUCGGAUGCUCUAUACAGUAGGCUACUAGAGACUCUUGGGUGAGCAGGGUCGAAAUUUAAAUACAAUUAUACCAGUUAUAUUAAUAACAAAAUGCUAUUGCGAGAAAAAAAGAGAGUGAAAGAUCACGGUACUUAAAAAAUUCAGUUAUUGGUUAUUAGGUGCAAUUAUAGUAAGUUCAAUCAACAUACACGCUGUAGACACAAAGGGAAUAGAGGAUAUGUUUUAUGAAGGUUAAUUCGAGCUGUUGGUCAGGCUUGAUGUCGCCUCAUGUAAGGUAACCCAAGACAAUCUUGGAUUCUGGAUUCCAAGCUGUGGAUUCCGGAUUUCUUUGUCAGUGGGACAUGGAUUCCGGAUUCCCGACGACGACGUUGACUUUAGGUUGCAGUUUCGCCUCUUGUAAAUACUGUCUUCGCUGUAUGUGGUCUAACUGAUGAACAUCCGCGAGAUGGUUAGCUAAUCUGACGAGGUACUUCGCCCCACACGAUGAAAUAGGACAGUUUCUGCAAACUCUCUUGUAGACCAUGUUGACAGUUCGAUUGCUGAACACAAAUGACAUCUUUUUUCGCAAAUAGUCUGGUUAUACAGAGUGUCAGAAAGGCCAAACACAGGCCAGAAAGGCCAUAACCAGGCCUGAAAGGCCAAAACCAGGCCAAAACGGACAAAAGGAGACAAACGGGCCAUUUCUAGUCAUGUGUCUUUAUUUUCUCAAACACACGCGUGGGUGUCGCGCUCCGCUAGUCACCCAACAGCUCUCAACAUUGGAAUCAUCAUCUUUAUUCAGGGUAAUCACAAAUAAUAGUGCCUAAUUAAAAAAGUUUUGAUCGUGAAUUAGUAAUUGGUAUUUCAAAUUUCAGAUUUUUUUAUUUAUUGUAUCAGUUUACUAGUAUUGUUAUUAUUUUUAAGUCAGCAAUAAAACACUCUUAAAGUUUGGUUGUUUACAGUAUUUAUUGAACCGCAACAAUACAAACGUCUAGGAAAAAUAAUUCUAUAACAUUCAUAGUUGGACUAGUCCGCUUCUUGGACGUUCCACUUAUUCGUUACUAGAAUGUAGUUUAUUCAAGAACCAAAAGAGCCAGGGUUUACUUUAGAACCACCUGUUGUUUUCUAUAGAAUUUUUAUACCCUGUGCAAUACUUUUUACAGAGUCAAGUAAACAAAGAUUGACAUUUUUGCUUGAUAGGCAGUUUUUCGCUUCUCUGAGCUUCGACCUCGUUUUCAUGUUUUGCCUGAAAAAUUAGUACGAUUUCGCAUUCGCUUAACCUCCUUUUCCCUUCUUUUGAAGUAAAGAUUUUUCAGUUAACCUUCGUGUCUUGGUUUUGUUUCUAACCGAUUUUUAGUGAAAAUAAUUUAAUGAUUAAAGAUUUUUCAUUUAAUAUAAUCUGCAAGGAUAACACGUUCAAAAUUUGCCCGCUUUUAUUUUGAACACAUAACAGUUUCUACAAUAUCCAAUCAGAAGACUAGAGCAAACAAUAUCUAAUCCGAAGACUAUAGCAAAUAGCUAAUUAUAUAAAAAUCACUUUUCUGUUUAUAGAUUAUGAUCUCAACAUUUUUUGAUGACGUGAACUCUAGGAAAUGCGGACGUCACUUGCUCCUUGACAGCUACAAAUAAACUAUGACAUCAUCCUAUCUUAAUAGCACGCGUGACGUCAUCGGCAUUAAUUUAAAGUAUGACAUCAUCCUAUCUUAAUGAGAUACAUGACGUCAUCUGCGUUAAUUUAUACCGCACAAAAACUUAAUUAAAUCCGCAAAGAAAAGGAGUAACCGGUGCCUCCCCUACUACUAUUCUUCAUUCGUAGUUCAAUUUAACAAGUCAUAAUUUCAAAGACAUGGGAUAUUUUGCUCUUUAAAGACUGUCGACAUUUUUAACUUUACGCAAGCAUGCGAUCCGCUUAAUAUCACAUGACAGUUCCGCUAAAAUUUCUUAUAAUUAUACAUAAUGUUGCAAUGUUUGGACAAUCAACCAAUGAAAAUCACUACCUGGUUUUCGGGUAAUGAAGUCACUGGACGGCAUUAGAGGAUCGUUGAUACAGACGUUCCUUAUGCGACUCAAGGAGAUGGCUGAAAUUUAGGGUAAUGAAAUGAAUUAUAUUAAUUUUGAGCUGCGGAUAAAGAUAUGAAAGUGAACAUGAUCUUUGCAUUAGAAUGAACAGCAUUAUUGAACAACCUCCUUGUUUCUUUGAAGAAAAUUUAGCGUAUCAAAAGAACACGAGUCAGUCAAGUACUCUUAACGAUACGGGUGCUAGUGGCCACGCGGUGGAUGGAGACAGUAAUACUCUUUGGAAUGGCGGAUCAUGUGCACACACGCUUAACGAAAAACAGCCCUGGUGGAGAGUAGACUAAAAUUUCUUAUAAUUAUACAUAAUGUUACAAUGUUUGGACAAUCAACCAAUGAAAAUCACUACCUGGUUUUCGGGUAAUGAAGUCACUGGACGGCAUUAGAGGAUCGUUGAUACAGACGUUCCUUAUGCGACUCAAGGAGAUGGCUGAAAUUUAGGGUAAUGAAAUGAAUUAUAUUAAUUUUGAGCUGCGGAUAAAGAUAUGAAAGUGAACAUGAUCUUUGCAUUAGAAUGAACAGCAUUAUUGAACAACCUCCUUGUUUCUUUGAAGAAAAUUUAGCGUAUCAAAAGAACACGAGUCAGUCAAGUACUCUUAACGAUACGGGUGCUAGUGGCCACGCGGUGGAUGGAGACAGUAAUACUCUUUGGAAUGGCGGAUCAUGUGCACACACGCUUAACGAAAAGCAGCCCUGGUGGAGAGUAGACUUAGGAAACGUGGAGCUAGUGAAUGAAGUUUACGUCGUAAACAGAGGAGACUGUUGUGGGAACAGAUUGAAUCCUUUCGAGAUCAGAGUGGGUGAGUAAACAUUUUUGGUAAAGACAAUGAAUAUUUUUGUUAGUGUGCGUGCAUUUUACACUGCAGGUCACGAGAUAAAUACGUGCAUUGGAGUCAUAUAUUCAUCUUAAUAGCCCACGUUCAGUAUAUUAAAAUUCUAACAUGACUCCGAGGCUUUCUGGCCAUUUUUCUAUAUUUAGUUUAGUUUUCUUUGUGCUCAAGUCUUUUCUGGGUAUUGCGAGCCACUGAAAUUUGCUAUUUUUUCCCAUAAGCCUCGGAGCCAUGUUAGAAUUUCAAUAUAUCGAACGUGGGCUAUUAGUAUUUUCUGCAAACUGGAUUUUGCCAUGCGAUGAAAGCAUUAAAAAGUUGAUUUUUAGAAUCAAACCAGUGUAUAUGUAUUCUUAUUCUGAAAUAGCCCUUAUUCACGAUACCCACCAUGUUCACACGCGCUUUAGGGUUGAUGGGAUAAAAGCAAGUCACUUGCCAAUUAGAUUAAUCGCGGUCGAGUUUGUUUGCACUGUCAAAAGGGUACGACGAUUUUACUCUUGCAAAAUGUCCAGUUCCAGUUGAGACAAGUUUUUACGCCAUUUUUGAUUGCUUUGAGGACAUCUACGGUCACUACUGCAUCUAGAAAAGAAGCAAUUGUCCCUUCCUCUCAUUAUUUAUCAUUAUCGUCAUUAAAGUGAAACGUUCUUCGUUUUCUUUUUUCGAGAAUGAACAAACUCGACCGGGAUUUCUUGCUACUGUGUUGCGUCCGUGUGCACGGGGAUAAAAGUUUUACCGGUUUAAAACUUUGCGCAACAACUCCCAACAACACGCAACAACAUGCAUCAGGCUGUGCAAACGAUGCAGCAUGUAACAUCCAACAAUUUUGGGAGUUGUUGGCCAACAAUGCAAAGAUGGCGAGUAUCGUGAAGAAGGUCUUUACGGCCAAUCUGUGCAUUUAUUUUUUAGUAGUAAAUUCGAGUAACGGAAGUAUCACCAAUCCAAAGUGUGGGGAUGGCUAUAGCGUUCCUCAAAACCAGGGUGCCUCGUUCUUCUGUCGCCCAAGUUUGUACGGAAGAUACGUCACCAUACGAAGACAUGAUGAAAGGACAGAGGCACUAAAUUUUUGCGAAGUUGAGGUUUACUCUGCACGAAGAGGUACAGAACCAUCCGGGAUUAGUGUCAUGCACUUUGCAUUAGUAUUUUACAUAAGAUAG